AUGCCCUAUCACCACUGCCUGCUCAGGAUGCCUGCAAGAGAUGGAGGAUUCGAACCCCCUCAUGAGUACUUGGCUAGUCUGCAUCGGCUGGCGAGCAACCUAUCUAGUGCUUCAGGUUCUGGGAGGGGGAACAAAAACGCCCACUGUUUUUCCAGUAUUGACUCUGCGUUGUCUUCCCUCCCGACAGACCUGGAGAGCUUCAAGACCCAGAGACGGAGUCCGGUGAGGGUGCGAGAGGGCCAGGGCGUGGUGCUGCUUUGUGGUCCGCCACUCUACUCUGGAGAGCUCACCUUCUCCUGGGUCUUCAACGAGUACCCCACCUUCGUGGUCCAGGACACGCGGCGCUUCGUGUCCCAGAAGACGGGGAACCUGUACAUCGCCAAGGUGGAGCCCCUGGACGUGGGGAACUACACCUGCGUGGUGACCAACACCGUCACCAAGAGCAGCGUGCAGGGGCCGCCCGCGCCCCUGGUGCUGAGGGCCGACGGAGUGAUGGGCGAGUAUGAGCCCAAAAUCGAGGUGCAGUUCCCCGACAUCGUCCCGGUGGCCAAGAGCUCCACGGUCCGGCUGGAGUGUUUCGCGCUCGGAAACCCGGUGCCUAGCGUGAGCUGGCGGCGGCUGGACGGCACGGCGUUCGGCCGCAAGGUGGACGUGAACAAGGCGAGCGGCGUGCUGGAGAUCCCCUACUUCCAGCCCGAGGACGCCGGCGUCUACGAGUGCCUCGCCGAGAACUCCCGCGGACGCAACUCGGCCAAGGGGAAGCUGGCCUUCUACGGUGGGUGA